AUGGUUGAAAGGAGAAAUUCUGAUAAUAAAGCGUCAUUGUUUGGCUUAUAUAAGUUCCAAAUUUCUUAUGAUCCUCCAGGUGAAAAAUCAAGAUAUGGACCAAGACAUAACAAUGAUAAAUCUGAUAUAAGAAAAAUUUCAAUUAUUCCAACAAAGGACGAGAUCUUAUCUCUACGUCAACCUUCGUUACCUAUAAUCUCGAAAAAUGCACAUCAUUUUCUUUCUGAUUGUACUGCCCGCUUUCUCGAUACUCACUUUAGACUCUUAAGGGAAGAUAUGAUAAGCCCGAUUCGUGCAGGAAUUAAUCAUUUUUUGGCCUAUAUUAAUAAAAACGAAACUCAGGUCCAAAGCGGUAUAUUUCGUCACGAAAAGGAAGACAUAGACAGUAGCCUUAAUGUAUACACAAAUCUUCGUUUCGUGAGUUGCGCGAGUUGUGAUAAUAAUAUUUUUUGUGAGGUUGCCUUUAAACCUCCAAAGAUGAAUUCAGAAAAAUCUAAUAAACAAGAUUUCAAGUAUAAAGAAUUAAAGCGCGGAAGUUUAAUUUGCGUCAUUUGGAAACGUGAUUGUCUAAAAUAUGAACUUUAUUUUGGAGAGGUUACUAAAUCUAAUGAAAGCUCAUUAAACAAUGAAGAAGCGAUAGUUAAUAUUUGCUUUGUUGAUCACUCUAUUUAUCAGAUUGCUUGUGAUGAUAUUGAAAAAGGAAUGGAAUAUCCUGAUCGCCCAAGACGUUUCAUGGUUGAGACACCAAGUGUCUAUUUCGGAGCUUAUAAGCACAUAUUAAUGACAUUGCAGGAAAUGUACCCUUAUCGUGUACCGUUUGAACAAUAUAUAAUGUCACCUUCGGCAACUCAGGUCGCUACUCCUACGUACACACGUACUUCAGAAUUUAAGUUUGAUCUUUCGAUUUUAUUAAAAAACCCUGGUGAUUCUCUAUUCUUGGAUGUACAAUGUCUUUACUCGCAGGAAAAUGCAAUAAAAAAAUUAUCAACACAAAAUGUCAGUACUUUGAGCAGACCUCAAGCAUAUGCUCUGGUAAAUGCUUUAUGUAGUGAAUUCUCUCUGAUUCAAGGUCCACCUGGAACCGGGAAAACACAUGUCGGAGUUGAAAUCAUAAGAGUUCUGUUAAAUGCAUCAAUUUUCCCAAUUCUUGUAAUGUCUUUUACAAAUCAUGCAUUGGAUCAGUUCCUUGAGAAUUUAAUCGAUAAAAAUAUUACAAGCAUUAUUCGAUUAGGAUCUCGAAGCAAAUCCGAAAGGAUAAAAAAUUUAGAGAAACCAGAGGACCCGAUAAAUGUUCAAAUACUUGGUGCAACUACUAGUGGCGUUGCUAAAUAUCGAUCUUUGAUCCUCGGUGUUGCCCCUCAGGUUAUACUUGUUGAAGAAGCGGGAGAAAUUUUAGAGGCACAUGUAAUAAGUUCUUUAUGUCCAUCUAUGCAGCAUAUCAUCCUCAUUGGUGACCAUCGCCAAUUACGUCCACAUAUUUCAACAAAAAUUUUAUCCAUGGACUCACAAAUCGGAAAAGCUUUUAAACUUGACAGAUCCUUGUUCGAACGUUUAAUAAAUGAAGGGAUGGUCCCUUCCCAAAUUACCGAACAGCGAAGAAUGAGACCAGAAAUUGCUGAUUUAAUAAGACCUAUUUAUCCUGCACUUACAGAUGAAAUAAAUACAACCAAAUACCCUAAGGUUCGAGGUGUACAACAUAAUCUAUUUUUCUUUGAUCAUAGAAAUCCAGAAGAGGUUGAAUCAAAUGAAUUUGAGGUAGAAUUUUUGGUCGCACUCGUACGUCAUCUUGUCCGCAAUGGCUAUGACCAGCCUAAUGACAUUGCAGUUUUAACACCAUAUCUUAACCAACUUAAUAAAAUUAAGGAUGCUUUAAAGGGUCAAUUUAUAAAUAUUAAAGUAAAGACGGUUGAUGAUUUUCAGGGAGAGGAAGCAAUAAUUGUGAUAAUUUCUUUGGUACGAAAUGUGACAUUUCAUAAUCGUACGACUAUUGGAUUUUUACGAUCACAAAAUCGGAUCAAUGUUCUCCUUUCACGUGCUAAGCACGGAAUGUUUCUACUCGGAAAUGAAAAACUAAUGUCGAAUGAAUCUGAUAUGUGGAGAAAUAUUAUUAAUUUGAUGAAAGAAAA